AUGGCGGUUGCAGGGGAAGCACUAAAAACAAACAUAACGACACUCGGGCCAUUAGUCCUUCCUAUGUCCGAGCAACUCCUUUUCUUCGUGACAUUAGUCGCGAGGAAGAUCUUCAAGAUGAAAAUCAAGCCUUACAUACCCGAUUUCAAGCUGGCGUUCGAGCAUUUCUGCAUACACGCAGGUGGAAGGGCUGUGCUGGAUGAGAUCGAGAAGAAUCUCGAGCUCAGCCAGUGGCAUAUGGAGCCAUCAAGAAUGACACUUUACAGAUUUGGAAACACAUCAAGCAGCUCUUUGUGGUAUGAAUUGGCUUAUUCUGAAGCUAAAGGGAGGAUCAACAAAGGAGAUAGGGCAUGGCAAAUUGCAUUUGGCUCUGGAUUUAAAUGUAACAGUGCCGUGUGGCGCGCGCUGAGGACGAUUAAUCCUGCUAAAGAGAAGAAUCCAUGGAUGGAUGAGGUUCAUGAAUUCCCAGUAGAAGUACCUAGAAUUGUCACAAUUAGUGAUUCUUGAAAAUGAUUUUUAACUUUCCUUCAGCAAAAUUUAUAUAGUAUUAUCAUUCUUUGUUACCAUAAAGAUUGCACUGUACAAUAUGAUUUGAUUAUUUAUAAAAGUCAUACCAAUUCUUC